ACGCGAACGGGUCAAAUCACUGUGAUCUAGUACUAGUUCCUCUAAACGAGGCCCAUGCCCACAACUACUCCUACAAGCUAGCACCCGGAAAAGCAAGCAAGCAAGAAAGAAAGAACAAUAUGCCUGAGCUUCUCCGGACGCUUACCGCUGGGCGACGCCGCCUCUUGCUGGUGCUGCAGCUCGUUCCCGGCCUCCUGCUUCUGCUGCUCUCGCGCUUGACAUCGGCGUCGGCGUCGACGGUGGUCACCCACCUGCCAGGAUUCGAUGGCCCUCUCCCCUUCUACCUCGAAACCGGAUACGUGGGCGUGGAAGAGGAGACCGGGGCGGAGCUCUUCUACUACUUCGCCGAGUCGGAGCGGAGCCCCGGCACGGACCCCGUCAUCCUUUGGCUCACCGGCGGGCCUCGCUGCUCAGGCUUCAGCGGCUUCGCCUUCGAAGUUGGUCCGGUAAAGUAUGUGCUGGCACCGUACACUGGCGGUUUGCCGCAGCUGGUACAUAACCCGCUGUCAUGGACCAAGAUGGCGAGCAUCAUCUUCCUGGAUUCGCCGGUCUGCUCGGGCUUCUCGCAUGCUCGUGACCCCAAAGGCUGCGAUGUCGGAGACUACUCGUCCUCUCUGCAAGUCCAAAGAUUCCUGAAUAAGUGGUUCACUGAUCACCCACAGUACCAUGCAAAUCCUUUCUACCUUGGAGGAGAUUCAUACGCGGGAAAGGUGAUUCCGCUUAUUGCACACUACAUGUUACAAGGAACUGAAAAAAGGGAGCAGCCUCUUAUUAAUCUCAAGGGCUACCUGAUCGGCAAUCCUGUAACAGACCCAAAGUUCGAUAAAAAUUUCCAAGUUCAAGGGGCUCAUGGCUUUGGGAUAAUAUCUGACCAAAUAUAUGAGGCUGCAGUGAAGAACUGCAAAGGAAAUUAUGUAAACCCCGCGAAUCAACUGUGUGCUGAGGUGCUAGAAACUGUAGACAGUCUCAUUUCUGAAAUCGCAGAUGCACACGUCCUUUAUAAAAAAUGUGUCGUCGCCACGCCAAAGCCCAUAGAUGAUGCUAUAAGAAGAAAAUUUCUGCUAGAAGAAUCAAUUGAGCCAAAUGAAGCGCCUGGUCGACCUACCAUCGAUUGUUUUACAUACGGUUACUACCUGGCAUACUUCUGGAUGAACAACAGGAUGACUAGAGAUGCUCUCGGGAUCAAGGGGGGAACAGUUGGCGAGUGGGUGAGAUGCAAAAAAGAACUCCCCUACACACAGGACAUGCCAAGCAGCAUACCGUACCAUCUUAAUCUCACCACGAGAGGUUACCGUGCACUCGUAUACAGCGGAGACCAUGAUCUCCAGGUGCCUCAGCUCAGCACGCAGGCGUGGAUAAGAUCUUUGAACUUCUCCAUCGGCGAUGACUGGAGGGCAUGGCAUCUCGAUGGCCAGGCUGCAGGAUUUACCAUCACAUAUGCAAAUAACUUGACCUUUGCAACAGUAAAGGGUGGAGGUCAUACUGCUCCAGAGUACCAGCCUGAAGAAUGCUUUGCCAUGGCCCAAAGGUGGCUUGACAACAAGCCACUCUGAUACUUUGACAACACAAAAUUUUCUCUCUUAACACAAAUCCUUUUAUAUUUAAUUUGCUUCUUUCAACCUGUAAAGAUGCAGUCAACAGUGAUGUAAAAAAAUAGUGAUGUAUAUCAAACAGAAUUAUUUUUCUCUCCAA